CAUCUUGAAGUGCUACUCAAGCGCAAACUCUCUGGAAUACCAUCUCACCACGUUCCCGACCUACAACUUUCCGACAUUAUCUCUCAGACACCUCGCGCUUUGCUCCUGCACAACAUACCACCAGACAUUCAACUCGCUUUCCUCCUACGCAACCGCGCUUUAAUCGACCAGCAUAGCGGAAAACCGAUCAAAGCCGAAGACAAGCAGUCGCUAGAUAUAACACGAGCGAUCUGGUACUACCGUCUAGACGCAGUGCAUCAAUUCCAGCGCUAUCACGACACGGCACGCUGGAACAUAGCUCUAUACACCGCGCUCCUCUCACUCCCCUUGGACACCACUCCACCAGCCUCGCCCACGUACCCAUCUUCGCCAGCGAAUACGCGCUCAAAGGAUACCUACAUCCCACCUGCCGCCCGCCGUUUCAUGACGCUCUACCUCGCUGCUGUGCUAGAACACCACCAUCACACACCCAACACCACCACAUUCACCGCACGCGAAGCCUUCAUCAAGGUGUGGAAAAGCGGCAUCUGGGAUGUUUUUGAGGUGCAUAGCUCUGGGCAGAAAAAGCUUCUCAAAAACGAGAUGAAGCGCCUGACCAGGGAGUGGGAGCUUGAACUGGAUCGCGCGAUGGGUAGCAUGGAGCGAGCAGAGUACCAGGCGCGCAUUGCUAGGUUCGUGGGCAGUUUGUUCCCCGGACGAAAAGAUCAGGGUCUCGUCUUGCCUGCGUAUCUAGGCAAGGUUACGCCGUCGCUGUCGCCUGAGGUGCAGAUGGGGGGUGAUGUGGAUGUCGACACUGUUUUGGUGGUGAAGGAGGAAGGUGAGGCGAGCAAUGAACUACUGGAAGCACUCUGUGUGCCUCUUGACGAGCAGAGUCGGCAGAAGCAUACGGAGUUCCAGGAGACGACUGUGGUGACGGAUAUCCGGUAUGCGAUUGGUGCGGUGAACAAGAUGCAUCCGAGGGAUAUGCUCCUUAUGCUUAUGCGGUUAUUUCCA